CGUAGGAAGGUAGUUGAAGGGUGGACACAGCGCGGUGUCAUUCGGCCUUCGCAAAGAUGCGGCGCGUCGAUGAGCUGCUGAAUACUGGGCAGGGCUUCGACGGGCUUGCUCGGAGAGCGAAGGCGCAAAUCGCGGAGAACGGGAACCACGCGGCAGUUUGUGGAUAAGAUGUUGUUCCUUUUUCCAGGUGCCACGCGGCAUGGAACGCGUGGAACGUCCCAACUGGCAUCCUUCUUGCCGGAGCUACAGCAAGGCGUCCUUUCUCGGGCACGGAGCAGCUUCAGUGAGGCCAAGGCAGCCGCCGAAAAGGCAGCCAUCAUCCAGGAUCAGGUAGAACAAGCACAAGAAGCAGCAGAGGAGGCGGAGGAAGAGGCCGAAGCCGCCGAAGAAGCGGAGCUCAUCGUGGUGGGCAUCGCCACUGUCUUCGCCGGGGUGGCCUGGUACACGACCUAUUUGACUUGGCAGAUGUACCAAAGGUGGCUCAACAUGAAGAAGCGCACCGCGCUCUGCGUGGGGGCUGCACGCGCGGCCAACGCCGUCAGUGAGCGGUAAGCUCGGCUCGCAGACGCGCCGCUUUGGUGGCCGCCCGCAGUACGCGCCCAUACCCCAGAAAUAAAUCCAUGC